AGUCGCCUGACGGUGAAUAUCAAUGUACUGUGAGCGCUGGUAGUAAGUCGUAUUCAAUUGCAGCCACUUGGAAUAAUAGCACAAGUAUUACAUGUGGAGCUCAAGAGGUAAAAUAAUUCAUUAAUUUGUUUACAAAUUUCGGACAACACAAUUUUUCAGGCUAUAGAUAUGCAAGCCACGGCACGAAUUACAUUUUACAUUACAUACAUUAUCUGGCAUUAAUACCUGAUAUUUAUGGUUACAUGCAUAUUUUUGUUGUGUAGCAUAAAUACCCUGAACCAAGAGUUGAAAUAUCUGCAAAUAUUAGUGUAAAGUUGGGUAAAAGUGACGUGAAGCCCGUAGAUGGUUAUAUCCAAGGUAAUUCUAUAUACUAAAUAUUUCUCAGAUUUACUUGUCAUGUUUCUCACAUGUGGGUUCCUGACAACUCGAAAUCAGCUUUUGACUUGUUUUGACUCGAGUGAUGCCAUUGACUGGUUUCCACUUGAUGAGAGAUGAGGGUGAGUCGACCUGACUGACGACUCGACCUACAAUACUAAACUGUCAGGGUAAAGUAUCGUAACAUAUUUCAUAAUUUGUUUAGUGUAUUUGUACGACUGUCGAAGGGCUGCCACGCUUUGUGGAAGUUGUCUUGUUGCGAAAGCUCAGUAUAAAUGUGGUUGGUGUGUCAAUACAAGUUGUUCUGUAAAUGAUCGUUGUCCUUCAGGAUUAUGGGUACCACCAAGUGGGGAAUGUCCAGGAAUACCAAAAAUAGAGUCGGUAUGUUUAAUUUUAGUUUUGCUGUUAUAUUUGGUCAUAGAAUGGUUUCAAGUUGAGACAGUAGCCGGUCCUUCCAAACUGUUCUCUCUAUGGAGGUUAAGUAAAGUACUAUAAGAACCAUCCUUUACUGGUCCAGUUUACAGGUGGUAAUCUAGUCUGAACUAUCUUCUUUCACACUGGAUAGCCCUAUUAACUGUACUCCUCAGAGUUCCAGUAAGGGAUAUCCUUAUUACUCCAGCGUUAAACUCCGUUACAGAAAACGCCGACACAGAGAGAGACCUGGAUCACGGUCUAGUGUUACUACAGGAAGAAUUUAAACUGGCCAGCACCAGGAGAAAAUGUGCUCAUGUGUUUGGUAGAACUGGAAGCACUCUUUUCACAUUGAACUGAGAAAGACUAUAAUCAGAAAACUGUGAACAGCAGGAAUCAACCAGAUCAGACCUUGUUAAAACCUUGCAAGUUAAGAUUCACAACUUGCCUUUGGGUCGUGUCUGCACUUAUAAGCGUUUUUUUGAAACGUCAAAGUCUUUUAAUUGUCAGAUAGUUCAGACUAAAAAACCACGUCAGUUUAUUCUGGAUACUACUCUUACCGUUCUUGCAUGUUUAACAUGUUCGACAAUUAAGUUUUGUUCUUAAAUCUUAUUGCCUUCCGUCGACACUCGCACAAACCUAUAAUGUUGUUAAUAUUUUUAGUUUUAUCCAAAAACGGGACAUGUGAAAGGGAAUUCAAGGCUCGAAAUAAACGGAAAGGAAUUUGGUCGAAGAUAUAAAGAUGUUAAAGAGGUUUCCAUUGCAGGUCACCAAUGUACAACAAUUGAAAAGGAUUAUGUUAUUGCCAAGAAGUAAGAGCAUAUGUUUACGGUACUGUAGGAAUAGCUUGUUUUACAAUUUUCUUGUGUCACUUUUAACUACAGAGUUUCACUAAGGCUUUCCAAAUUUUAUGUGAUACGUAACCUUAAUUAUGGUAAAUAAGCUUUAGCGUUUGCUAGAACAAUACUUGCUUGAGGAACAAGGUACGCAGUGGGCCGUAGCUACUGCAUGACUGUACCUUUUAUAUCAGUUGUAUGUGAGUAAUGCAUCUACUGUAGUUUUCUUCGGGUACUUUGUUUUCCUCUUGUAGUAACACUGGACCAUUUGAUCUGGAACUGCAUAUUUUUAAAAAAAUACAGAAAAAAUAG